AAUCUCGUCUAUCUAUGUGGGAAAAUGUAGUGAAUACUAGGAAUCAACCUACUCCAAGUCCAGUAAGUAAAGGGUCUAAUUUAGGACCGGCAUAUGCGAGAUCCCAGAGUUCUAUGGCGGUGGUGAGUCGAUGUCAGUCUCCAGCUGUAUCUUCUUAUGGCAGCCCAUGGCCCACAGCAAACUCUAAGCUUAAUGUUAUGAUGAAUUCCGAUCUCUCUAAAUCCUACUUUGAUUACUCUAAAACGGUCUCGUACUUGCGAUCAACUCCUGCAAUCUGUCUGGACUACUUGUGGACUGAUAAUUAUUCUGUACAGGAACCAAAUAGUGCAGCUCCAGCCUCGAAAGUAUUUUUUAUUGAUGAUCUUGUGGGUCAACGAUACCUGUGCUAUAUCCUGACUUCUAGAAGUCAGUUGUCGAUAGUCAAGGUUGACUUUUCAGGACCAAAUAUCGUCUUUGGAAUGUUGACUAGCAUGAGUGCAAAGGAUGCUGUACCAAUACCGCAAUUGCAUAUGUUGGCAAUUCUGGAGCAUAGUGGUAAUGUGUCCCUUUACUCAGGGCUGAUGAUUGUUGGAAAAUUACACAUAGGUGGAACUCUUGCGCAGCAUACACCUUCUCCUUGUAUUAGACGAAGGACACCUCAGUUCACUUAUUCACCUUAUCCAAGUGUUAAUAAUAAUAAAGGGUCAUAUAUCAAAUAUCAUUAUUUAUUCAGCCAAUUCACUCAGUUAAUACAAAAAAACAUUUUAUACUCAGAACUUUUUGGGUACGACGACGACCAACACUCCACUGAUAUGUCCAAGGAAAUUCCCAUUACCCCAUCUGGUUCCAUAAAGAGACAAAGAUAUUCCACCGGAACAAAUGAAGAUUGGAAUUACCUUUCAAAUUCCAGGCACGGGCUGAUCAAAGCCAACUUGGACAAAACAUUAAGGUUAGGUUUGGAAUCGAAUAAUACCUGCAAUGAAGACAAACCCAGUGGUCAUAUUGAUGCUAGAGGAGUACUGUUUCCUUAUAUUCGACAAAUUCAUUUAGGUCUGCACUUGCUCUAUGAAGAUAUUAAGUUAAAUACUUUGAAAUCUGACCAACUACCGCCUUUGAUGAAGCUCCUGAAUAGACUCUCAGUAGAUCUCAAUCUGGAAGAGUACAAUAUACAUUAUUGGCAUGAUUUUCCUGAUUAUGCUAUCUUGAACAAAAGUUCAGUUAUUCCACAGUCAGAACUGAAAAACGUUCAUCAAUGGCCUGGGGUUUGGGACAAACCCGUUUCUAUUUGGAGGUACGUCUAUGACUUACUAGAUGGUAUAUGUCCUCAGCCAUACCCUUAUCUAACCAAUGUGAAUACUAGAUCAAGAAAUAUUGUUCAAUUAUGUGGGAUCUUGUCUGAAAUCAAUAAGUCAGUACCUUCGGAAAUAUGUUUAGAAACUUUUGCAAAAGAGAUUUCUGGUGUUUUUCCACAAGAACAUCACACUCCACAUAAAGCUACUCUUAUUGACAAUUCUGCUUUAGAGCAAGUAGUACUGUUCAUGGUUGACAUGAAAAUAACUACAAGCUAUCUAGAUACUCUACCUUACUCCAUCUACUACUUGUUUUACGAUGCUCUAUGGAAGUGUAGAGAAAAUCCUCCUUCUGGUUGGCCACCUGAGGCCUACUACCUUCUUUGGAGGGAAGACCUUGCAGCAGAGGCUCUAAAACUUGAGAAAGAGAAACAAGAAUCUUCUCAAGAGCUACUCGGCAUGUAUAGUAGCACACAGCUCGAUGAUGAAGAUAUAAUUCCAGGCACAAAAGCAGAUUUUGAGCAAGUUGAUGGCAUGGAGGAUAUCAACAAUUCCUUGAUGAAGUUGAGAUUCAGUGAAGAUAUACGAGUGAACGAAGCCAGAAAAAUGUUGCAGAGUUCCAAACCAGUUCCUAUAGUGCUCACGCAAAGACCAGAUGUAUCCGAUCAUGACUUUAUCGAGGAACAGGAAAAACAUUUGUAUGGGAUUUGUAUCCGUACAAUGGCUCUGCCAGUCGGAAGAGGCAUGUUCACACUGCGAACUGCAACACCCGUUAUUACAGAACCUCUAUCGCCACCUCCUUUAUGUUUAACGGGAAGGGCUCCGCCCAGAGGAACUUCUAUCGACUUGAAUCACAUUGACACGCCUUCUAACAUGAAUCUUUGGCCUCUUUUUCACAAUGGCGUUGCAAAUGGGCUUAGAAUCACCCCAGAUGCUCAUAAUAUCGACAAUACUUGGAUUAUUUUUAAUAAAGCUAAAGGAAAUGAACCUCAAAUGGAACAUGCUGGUUUUCUCUUGGCCUUGGGUUUGAAUGGACACUUGAAGAAUCUUGAGUUUAACAGUUUGUUCAACUAUUUAGAAAAAGUGCAUGAAAUGACUAGUGUCGGUAUAUUAUUGGGUUUGUCGGCAGCUUUUCGAGGUACUUGCCAUACGGGCCUUACCAAAAUUCUAGCCAUACACGUUGAAGCUCUCCUACCUCCUACAUCUAUGGAGUUGGACAUCCCUCAAACUCCUCAGGUCGCUGGUUUGCUGGGAGUAGGCUUAGUUUACCAAGGUACGGCACACAGACAUAUGACAGAGAUUCUACUCUCAGAAAUAGGACGUCCUCCUGGUCCCGAGAUGGAGAAUAGCAUUGAUAGAGAGUCCUACUCAUUGGCUGCCGGACUUUCUUUAGGGUUAGUUACUCUAAGGCAUGGAGGCCAUCCAGCUGGAUUAUCAGACUUGAAUGUGCCAGAUUCCCUCCACUAUUAUAUGGUAGGGGGAAACAAGAGGUCGCUUACCGGAUCUCAAAAAGACAAAUACAAAACGCCCUCUUUUCAAAUUCGGGAAGGUUCUUCCGUCAACUUGGAUAUAACAGCACCUGGUGCAACGUUAGCUCUAGGUCUUAUGUAUUUGGGUACUGGAAAUAAGGCUGUGGCUGAUUGGAUGGCUCCACCUGAAACUCAAUAUUUGUUGGAUUUUGUUCGACCAGAUUUCCUUUUGUUAAGGGUAUUAUCUAGGUCUCUUAUUCUGUGGGCUGAUGUUGAACCUUCAAAGGAGUGGGUAGAAGGCCAAGUACCACCAACAAUAAUUCCGCACUGUAUGGUCAAACCCUGCCACUACUUAGAUGUGGAUUACGAAGCUAUGAAUCAAGCUUAUUGUAACAUAGUGGCAGGUGCCUGUUUUGCUCUUGGUUUGAAAUUUGCUGGAACUGCUGAUGAAGAUGCAUUCGAAACUCUUUUACACUUUUGCCAUAUGUUCACAUCUUUAACUUCGAAAUCGAUUGCUGAAUUGGCUGGUAAAUCUACCAUCGAAACUUGCCUGACAAUAGUUCUUUUAUCAACAGCGAUGGUUAUGGCAGGUACAGGUAAUUUGGAAAUAAUACGUUUAGUACGUCAUCUGAGAAGGAGAGUAGGUGUUCCAAACAGUUCUGUGGUUACUUAUGGUUCCCACUUGGCCACUCAUAUGGCUCUUGGACUCUUGUUUUUGGGUGGUGGAAGAUAUACACUCUCAAAUUCGCCAGCUAGUGUGGCAGCUCUGAUUUGUGCAUUCUAUCCGAAGUUUCCUACCCAUAGCAAUGAUAAUAGGUACCACUUGCAAGCAUUCCGUCACCUGUAUGUUCUGGCUGUGGAACCAAGGCUGAUCAUACCAAAAGAGGUACAUUUGGACGAAAAUUGUUACGCCAAUCUUAGGGUAGUCAAACUGAAUGGAAAGGCAAUGAACAUUAAAGGGCCCGGUAUUAUACCUGAUCUAAAUACAUUGAUCAAAGUUGAAGUGGAUGAUGACAGAUAUUGGCCGGUUUCGUUUGAGAGAGGUCGAAACUGGGAACUUCUUGAAAAAAUUCUGUCAACAACAGGAUACAUAGAAGUGAAGCAGCGAGCUGGAUGCCUCAGUUAUCUGGUGGAUAAAUUUGGGUACCGUAGCCAAUUGGCUCGAACGUUAACUCAUUCGAAAGUUGUUCCUUGGGACCCCUCUCCCACUUCCAUUACCAUGUUCACGUCCGAUAAGUCGAUAAAACUAUUUUGUAAGCAUUUUCUCACUGGAGAUAAUAUUGAGUUGAGUCCGGCUGAAGGAAGACUUAAACAGGCACUCUUGAAGGUCACUUAUGAUGCUGUUGUUAAAGAUAAGCUGAUUGUGAUAGUAGUUUUUAUUGCGAUGUUUAGGUUAGUUUCCGAACUUCAAGAAUCUCCAAACCCUCAGGCUAUUUGGCAGUUCAAGAUAAUAACUAAACAGGUUUUCUCAAAUUUGAAGGGAUUUUCAAACCUGAUCUCCAAGGAAAUAAUUUUAUCGCUCCAUCAAGGAAUAGUAGGAGUUUUCGACAGUUGGGAAACAAGUUUGAAACCUGUGUUGCAGAAUUUUCUGUUGGGCAAGGACUUCACUCACAGUUUAGGUAGCCUCGAUGUGAAAAAGUUGGCAAGUUACACAACUUUUUAUAAUUUUCCUUGGAAAAGUGGAAUGUAUGAAGGUGAAUUUUUUGAAGUUUUUCUCAAUUUGCAAAAGAUCGCAAUAAUCUUUUUAUAA